AUGUCUAUUGUCACAAAGAACUUCCCUCCUUUCAAACAAAUAUAUAAGAGUUUACGUCAAGAGCUCCUCUUAAUUCAAAAUAAAUCUGCGAAAUUCCAUGCUGAACGAGAUUUAGAAAAAUCAAAAGCUUUAUUAACUUAUAAGAAAAUAACCCUAGCAAAGCAAGGUAAAGAUAUAACUGAAAUUAAUCAAAAAUUAAAAGAUUUAGAAAAUGGUAUUGUUGCUGAAUCUAAGAGUUUGAAAGAUGGACAUAUAUUACUGGAAUUAAUUAAAGAACCUAAAGCUACUCCAACCCCUUAUCAAAUAAAUAAUUUGAAUAAUAUUGUUACCUUUUUAAAUAGUCAAAGGGUAUAUAUUGAAUUAUUGGAAAGAUAUAAUCCUGGUUUGACAAUGAGUCAAGAAGAUAAUGUUAGAAAGACCGCUAACAGAGUUGGGUUAUCUGUUCCCGAGUAA